AUGUUCGGCGGUGUUCUCAUCCUCAUCAUCACGGGCACCAUCUCCAGCCUGCUGCUGGCCAGAUCCCCUUUCAUGAUGCCCUACACACCAGUGACGACCAGCAAGCCGUGGGCAGAUGGGCCCAUGGCUCUGAUCAUUACGCCGCAGUUCGAGACGAAAAAGACCGAUCUCUUCACGACCGGUGCAACCCACAUGGCGCUGCUGCACAAUUCAAUCCUACGAGGCUACAAUUCCAUCUAUCAUCAAGCACCACAUGUGCAAGAAGACGACAAGGAGGACUUUAUCGGCUAUGCUUUGACGUGGUACAAGUUCGUCAAGUCGCACCACGACGACGAGGAGGAGGUGCUCUUUACCAAGGUCGAGGAGCUUCUGGGCGACAAGACUGUCUUCGACAAGACACACAAGGAACAUGAGGCGUUCCUCAAAGGCCUUGCUGAAUUCAAUGCCUACCUCUCGACCCUCCAAGAGCCAUCGCACUUCUCCGCCGCUGAGCUCCGCCGCAUCAUGUCUACCUUCCAAACCGCCUUUGAAGACCACUUCCACUCCGAGAUUGAUACAAUUGCCGCCCUCGCCAACCACCCUAGGGCGCCACGCGAGGGUACGUCCGAGGCAGCCGUCGCAAGCGCGGCCUUCAAGAGCUGGGGCAAGAACACAGUCACCAAGGCUGGCACAACUGACGUCGUGCCCUUUUUCCUCAUGAACCUCGACCGCGGCGCCGAGGGUGGCAUGUGGGCGCACUGGCCGCCCAUUCCCGCACCCAUCAAAUGGGGAUUAGUUAACAUUGCCGGGUCUUGGUACUCUGGCCGCUGGAGGUUCACGAGCUGCGAUGCCAAUGGCAGGCCGAGGGAGCUCUAUGCCCUUCGGUUCCCGGAACUGACGCAUUAA